AUGCUAGCCAACCAGGCCCUUGUAAAAGAUCUUUCAGCCUCUGAAGCAAUGGGCUCCGUCACUGCGAUCUGUACAGACAAACGAGGCACUCUAACCAUGAACCAAAUGAAGGUAACCAUGUUUUGGGUAGGCCCAAAAUAUAUUGGAGAAAGUGCUUCAUCUUCAAUUUCACCAAGUGUUCAAGAAUUGCUCUGCCAAGGAGUUGGUUUGAAUGAAACACAAUAUCCCUCAGGGUCUCCAUCUGAACUCUCUGAGAAAGCAAUUCAUGACUGGGGUGUCAAAAGCAUGUGCAUGAAUAUUGAGGAACUGAGGAAGAGCUGUGACAUUCUCUAUGAUGAAGCCUUCAAUUUGGAGAAGAUACAAAGUGUUAUGAUCAGGAAGAAGGCUGACCAAACAAUCCGCAUGCACCACAAAGGAUCACCAGCGGCAAUAUCAGCUAUGUGUUCACACUAUUAUGAUGCCACUGGGAACAUCUUAGUCAUUAGCAAUCGAGAAAGGGAAAAAUUGCGGCAAGUAAUUCAACGCCUGGUAACUACUGGCUGCCAGUGCAUUACUUUUGCACAUAAAGAACUCUCACAAGAAAAUUAUUUUGACAAAAAUUACACCCAAAUGCUAGAAGAGGAUUGUUUGAUCUUAUUAGGGUUUGUGGGCCUAAAUGACCCAUAUCGACCUAGGGCAAGACAAGCUGUAAUAGAUUGCCAAAGUCUCGGAGUGAAUAUCAAAAUGAUCACAGCAGACGACAGGUCCACUGCAGAAGCUACAGCCAUUGACUGUGGUAUAAUUGAUCUAAAUCAAGGUAUUGCCACUGGAGAAGUAGUUGAUGGAGAGGAAUUUAGGAACUGGACAGACGACGAGAGAACGGAGAAAGUCAAUAGAAUUCGUGUGAUAGCAAGAGCCUCUCAUCUCCAUAAGCUUCUUAUGGUACAAUGCUUGAAACAUAAAGGCCAUGUGGUUGUAGUUACUGGAGAUAGCACAAAGGAUGCAACAGCAUUUAGAGAAGCCAGAGUAGGAAUCUCUAUGGGGAUUCAGAGCGCUGAUAUGGCCAAGGUGAGCUUGGAUGUUGUCAUCCUGAACAAUGAUUUUGUUUCUGUAGUCAAAGUUCUGAGGUGCGGGAGAGGCAUAUACAUCAACUUCCAAACAUUCACUAAGUUCCAGCUUACUGUCAGCAUCGUUUCACUGGUAAUUGACUUUGUAACUGCAAUUUCAGCUAGUGAACCCCCUACAAUCAACAUAGUGGCAGCCAUCUCAACUGGUAAAGUAUCGUAUGCAUCGCUUCAACUACUAUGGGUAAAGUUGGUCAUGGGUACAUUGGCUGCUCUGGCUACAACUAUAGAGCAGCCCACCAUGAGCGUCAUGCAAAAGCCACUUAUCAAUCGCACCGAGCCAUUCAUCACCAACAUUAUGUGGAGGGACAUGCUGACUCAAGCUUGUAUCAAAUAA